UGUGUGUUACCUUCCUGGGAAGGUUCUACCAGAGUCUAAAGGACAACGACGUGGAGUUCACACCUGCCAGUAUUGAAAAGGAGCUCUUGAAAUCCUGCAAAGAAGCAAAAGGCAAAGAGAACCGCCUGUGCUAUUACAUUGGGGCCACAAGCGAUGCAGCCACCAAAAUCAUUAACGAGGUAUCAAAGCCCAUGAGUCAUCACAUCCCCGUGGAAAAGAUAUGUGAGAAACUAAAGAAGAAAGACAGUCAGAUCUGUGAACUAAAAUACG